CUCGCGUGAGGAACCCUUGCACGCUAUUGGUUCUACUGCUUUUUCCGGUGUUCAGUCUCGGAGAAGCGAGAGAGUGAGCUGUUCCUUCGCAGAAUCUGAUGGCUGAAAGCGCCCUAGUGCAAGUACAGGCGCACGCACACCAUGAGCAACGAAAGAUUUGCCCCUCACGUGCAAAGUACCGCGAAGGACGGAGGCCCAGAGCAGUCAAAGUGUAUACUAUUAAUUUGGAGUCCCGGUACCUCUUGGUGCAAGGCGUUCCAGCAAUCGGUGUAAUGAAGGAGCUUAUUGAGCAAUUUGCCCUUUACGGAACCAUAGAAGAGUAUAACGCUUUAGACGAAUACCCUGCUGAAGAAUUCACUGAGGUGUAUCUCAUCAGAUUCCAGAGGAUACAGAGUGCAAGAGUUGCCAAGCGGAAGUUAGAUGAACGCAGUUUCUUUGGCGGUGUGCUGCAUAUCUGCUACGCUCCAGAAUUUGAGGCUGUCCAAGAGACUCGAGAGAAACUACAAGAAAGAAGAAAGUUUGUAGCAAGGGCCACAUCUAGCAAAGAUCAGAAUACAGCUGACAAGAAACAAGAAGUUGCUAAGAUCGCUACUCCGGCAUCUACUGCAAGUGCUUCACCUAUUUACUGCAGAGAUCCUCCUUUACAUGACACGGGUGACUGGGAAUCUUGCCAUACUGAAUCUGCUCUUUCACACGAACAAAUAUACAGGCCCGUUUCAACAUACGAGGACCCUAACAUCGAUACAUCUGAAGAAACCGUUCAGCCGACAUUUGCAUCCAGCAGAAUUGGCUACAUGCACAAUACUGGGCCAAAAGUGCCAGGAAAAAGUACCGCAAGAUUUAUGCCCAGAACUACUCAACUGCAGGAGAGACAGAGAAAGAGACAGCAAAACGACGCCCUUGCUCUAUGUGGCUCAGUUCCAGGCAGUCAGGAAAUUGUAAUUGGACCACAGUUGCCAGAAAUACCAAAAUUAGACAUGGAUAAUGAUUCCCUGAAUAUCACAGCCAAUGUCAUCAGGGAAAAACUAAAAGAGGUGUCCUGUACAGUCAUAUCAGCAGCCCCUGGAAGAACAUCAGAGGAUGCAGCAACGAGACCUCCAGUAAAGCAAAGAAGAAGAAUUUAGUCUGACUGCAAAGAAUGUCACUUUGUAUAUGUUUGAGUGUUUGUACAUUUACCGUAUUCAACCCUCAGUUUCCUCUAAUCACUUUAAUAAAUUAUUUUUGUAUAUAUUUA